GCCAGAAGUGGCGGAAAUACGUCAGUUAUGUGGGUUCUCUGAAGCUCGAGUGCGUCUCUUAAUUUCGGGUGAAGGGAAUGAGAACGAGGAGAGAAGAUUUUAAUCACUCCUGUCGCUUUAAGGACACUUAUCAAAGCCUUAUUAUGCGAAUUGAAAAUACCACGAGCCGCUGAGCAGCCAGGGGACGGACUGAGUGGAUUUAUAGGAAACUGUAUGAUCUGAGCUGGAAGACAGCGCUUCAUCGCCUUGUGGAGUUGGAUUUCACGCUGGAUGCUUGGCUUAUUCGGACGGUUCGGGUCAUUUAGGGAAAAUUGCGCAGAAGUAGCUCUCGGACUUGGGAUCUUCUCUCCUCCCGAAGCGAGCAGAGGGAUAUUUUGAAACUCAACGCGUUGCCUGCGGGAUUAUUCUUUCACCCGACAACACGAACCCUUCUUGUCCGUUUGGUUCCGGACGGGUAGUACCCCGAGCUUUUAUCUGACAGCCUUAUUGGAUCAUGGAUUGGGGUGGUGGAAGGGAAGAAGCGCGGCCAGCGACAUGAUUUUUCUGCGCUGUUUGCGCUACAACGCUGCGAGCUUGGUUUUUCUUACGUCGCUGGUUAUAAAACAAAAGUUCCGAGGCGAGUGGGAUGCGUGGAUUUUUAACUGUUUGGUCUUUUUGCACCUGCUUUAACGGACACCGCGUCGACACGGUGCGGAUUCGUGACAAUACCGUGCGGAUCCGCGCCGCUCCGUGCCGCUGCGCGCCGCUUCUCUGGGAUACUUCAACAUUUGCUGAUCGUUCUGGAGAUUCUGUAGAUUUAAACUCAAGGUCACGGAGUGUUUAAAGGCUGCAUCGCUUUCUUAUUUACACACGUACACACACACACACGCACACAAACACACAUACACACAAACGCGCGCGCGCAGUCUCCAAUCUUCAGUCCAGUGUGUGUUAUUUGUCAUUACGCGGCGCAGCGAGCGUGUGGGCGUGCACGUCCUGUGGAGUUACGUUUUGCUUUUUUCCUGGUUUUCCCUAAACUGACACUGCAUGCAGGCUCUUGCCAAUAACAUGGAUGGAAAACUGAAACCGGGUCGGAGAUGCCGGACCAAGCGGGAGAGAGUGCGGAGGUUGCGGGAGCCGGGGAGCAGAGAAGCCCGCAGCCCGGACCCCAACUCCUCCUGCUCCGACAGGGAGGGACACAGUCCCGGGAGAGACGCCGCCUCCCUGGCCGGCAAAAAGGCUCCGCGCCCGGCAGCAACCGCCAGAGCGCCUCGCCCCCCUCGCAGGAAGAGACGGCAGUCCAGUUCGCAGGAGGAGGACAUCAUUGAUGGAUUUGCUAUCACCAGUUUCACCAGUCUGGACCGUCUGGAGAAGAAGACGGGAGUCAUGAAGACACAGGAGAAGAAGGAGCGCUGGAAGGAGAAGAAGGUGGUGAAGCGGCCAAAGAAGGAAGAUGAAGAUGUGGAAGAGGAGAACGUUCAGCUGGUGUUGGAUCCGCUGGAGAACGGCUUCCUUCAUCACGCUCAGCGAGAGCAGGAGAGGAUGAAUGAGAGGCUGCUGAAGAAGACAUACUCCAAGAAGAACAAGAUGAUCAAACCCUUGGCACUGCGCCCAGUUAAGGUCAGCACAGAAGAAACGUUGCAGGAACUCAGUCGACCAAACAGGAGCAACUCCAAGGAGCAGCUCAGUGAGAGUUCCACUCACUCUCUGUCAGGCCGCGGCUACUCGGUGCUGCCAGCAGCAGUGGCCCUCCUCAAGUGUGACAGCGAAAGUGACAUUGACAACAAGGUGUCUGAUGUAGGAUCAGAGAAGCUCUUUUCUCCUACCACACCCAAAGGUGUGCCGGCGAAUGAGAGUCCUGAAUCUAAGACUUGUAGCUCAACCAAAGUUUCCGGACUCCAGCGCAGUCAGGAGCAAAGCAUCGCUGAGGUGCCCUUUGCACCUCCCGUGCCCAGCCCCAUCCCGGCUUCGGCACCUACGGGCUCCCCUGCACCGGCGGCGGCGGCGGCCCCCCCAGAGCCUCGUGGCUUACGCCUUCCCUCCCCUCCUCCUCUCAGUGUUAAGAAAGAGCAGAAACCGCCACCCCCAAUCCCAACCCCACCCCUACUGAAGGCACCACCCCACCUCCAGCCUCUCCCUCCUCACCCACACCAGGAGCAGCGUGUUCUCCCGCCCCUAUCGCACCACGCACGGCCAGUCCUCAGCCACCAGGUGCACCACCCUCUGCAGUACAACAGCCUCCACGACAUCAGCCACAGCAGCAGCCCUGUGGGUCUUCCCAAACAGCACUUACCCCCGUCCCCCCACCACCACCUCAGUGGGCUCCCAUCCUCAGCUCCUGCUUUGCCUCUGUCCAUCGCUAAUCUAUCUACCUCGCACUAUUCCUCCCUACGGAGCCCAGCCCAUCGCCAUUCGGCCAUGUUUGCAACCCCAGCCACACUGCCGCCACCACCGACCUUACCAACCAACAGUCUAGUGGUGCCUGGACACCCCGCCGGCACCCCUUACCCAGAGCAUGACCUCCUGAGGCAGGAGCUGAACAACCGCUUCCUGGUUCACAGUUCAGAGCGGGGCCGGGGGCCGUCCGCUUCGCCGCUGGCCCCAGUGUCACUCCUGAGGGCCGAGUUUCACCAACACCAGCACAUGCACCAGCACCAACACACCCAUCAGCACACCUUCACGCCCUUCCCCGCCAGUCUGCCCCCGGCUGCCAUCCUCACCCCGCCCACCGCACCCCCCAUGGUGCGUACCCAAGCCAGAAAUUUCGACAAAUACACCCCCAAACUGGACAAUCCGUUCAUCAGACAUUCAAAUUUCUUCCCCUCCUACCCCCCAACCAUGCCAGGCAUGCCCCCGCUGCUCCCUCACUCAGGACCCUUCAGCUCGCUGCAAGGAGCCUUUCAGCCCAAGGCUUCUAAUCCCAUCGAUGUAGCGGCACGUCCAGGAGCAGUUCCUCACACGCUGCUGCAGAAGGAUCCACGGAUAAAUGAUCCAUUCAGGACAUCUGUGAGGAAACCUGGCAAGUGGUGUGCAGUACAUGUCCAGAUUGCAUGGCAGAUCUACCACCACCAGCAGAAAAUGAAGCAAAUGCAGCUUGACCCCCAUAAAAUAGACAUGAAUGGGAAGCUGGACCUGUUCAGUCGACCCCCAGCCCCAGGAGUCUUCCCAGGAUUCCCAUAUCCUCACGACCUGGCACGUCCUCUCUUUCCCUCCACAGGUUCUGGACACCCCGCCCCCUCACCAUUCGGCCCCUCCCCCCAUCCCAGCGGCUUCCUGCCUCCCAGCCAUUUGGCAGGUAAGUAUCCUUUCAGUCGCUCCAGUUCCUAUGGCGGCCUCGGCAACCUUUCAAGCAGUGCCUUCGGAGGAUUAGGCAACCCCUCGCUUGGGUCCAACAGUGUGUUUGGCUCCAAGGAGGGGCCAGGAGGACUGCCCAUGUUUGGCAGCCCCCACCACGACACCUGGAAUAGGCUUCGACGCACACCGCCGUCAUUCCCUACCCCACCACAGUGGCCCAAAACGGCAGACGUCGAGAGAAGCGGCUCCGCCAACAGCCAUGACAGAGACAGAGAGCGGGAGAAGAGAGAUUCCUCCGUCGGUAAAGAUGAAAAGGAUAAAGACCGAGAUUCUGUGGAUCGCAACCGCCACUCCAACCGUUCAUCUCCCGCCUCGGCACCCGUCAGCUACCAGAUCAGCAGCCUCAUCCGAUCAAACAGCCAGAACUCCAGUGAUUCGGGUCGACAUCACAGUGGCAGCGUAGACCGGGUUCGGGAGGUGGAGAAGGAGCUGCUGGAGCGCCAAAGAGAGUCCUCCGGGCAAGCUGAUGUGAAGGUGAAGGAGAGCCGCUCGCCAGGCAAGGAGAUGCUGGAGAGGCGACCCUCGGAGGACUCCAUCAAACCGGCUCACCGCUCUCCGUCUCCCUACUCCAAGGUGAUGAUCAAUGAGCAGGGCAUGAAGAUGUCGGGUGGCCUUUCAUCCUCACUCAAGGACAGUGAGAGGAAAGAGCCCCCUCCUACAGAGUUCCUCCACAAAGUAAAAAAUGACAUGAAGAUUAAGGAGGAAAGAAAAGAGGAGCAGGAGGUCAUGUUGGUGAGUUCAGAGCCAGCACCCCACCCACCUCCCCAGGCACUUCCUGCACCUGUCAGUCAACCCAUCAACCCCCACCACAACCAUCCUCCCCUCUCCCAGCAGCCCCCUCUCCCCUCAUCCCGUGGCACUGAUAUUCCUGCGCCUGGCCUGCACGGUGUCCCUAUGUCUCACUCUCUUCCACUUUCAAUGAGCGCCAUGCCCCAAAUGGGCAGCCUCAAUGUGCUGGACAGGGCUCGUAUGGCUCCCUUCAUGGGCGUGAGCCCGCUGGCAGGAAGGGAACGUCUGCCACACACGGCUUUUCCUUGGGACCCCCUCAGAGAGGCCUACCGCAGCCUGGACCUGCAGCGGCGCAUGGACUUCCAGCUCAGGGCUGAGCAGGGACAUCGCUUCCCCAGCAUUUAUGACCAGGAGCGAGCCUAUCGGGAGAGGGAGGCUCACGACUACUCUCACCAUGAGCACCUUUUGGAAGUGCGCAGGGAACAUGAAAGGAUGCGACAACAGGCAGAGGAACGAGAGCGCGUCCACCUAAGGGAGGAGCUAGACAGAGCGCGUCUCCAUCAGCUGCACCAAUCUCCAAUAGAGGGUCACUUACCCCAUAUGCCCCCAUUUAUGCCCCACCUAGGAGGCAUGCCUUACCCAAGACUUAGCCCCUCCACAGGACACAACGGCCCUCUGAACAGAACACCCCCCACUGCCGCACUAAGUGCACCCCCGCCCCUUGUACCAGCCGGCAGUGCCAGAGCAGCCUCACCCAGGAGGACUACCCCGCUCACCACCCAGGACCCAAGGGACUACUCACCAUCUCGCAACCCCAAAGAAGUAGAGGCCCGGUAGCUUCUCAGAACAGUGCAUAAAGUCUUAGUAGGCGCGCUCACGAGCCCCAUUCCUCCUGUGUGGAACCUUGUUGUGAACAAAAUGCACUGCUCUUCACCAGAGAAGGGCGAAACUCCCUCAGAGAGAGGGUGUGAUUGUACAAAGUAACGGUGUGUACGGCUGACGGAGCACACACGUCAUGACUGGAUGUUCAACCACGUCGGUAAAGAGAACAUAAUUGUGUGUAUGUUCAUCUCCGACUUAAAUAUUUGAUAAUUAUUAAUAUAUUAACCAAUACCUUUUUUUCUGCUUUGUGCUGACAAGAAAGGUCCUAAAAUGAGUUUGUAUAUUUCCUAUCCUCGUUCCAUGUAUAGAUCUCAUUUCUAUGAAUUUUAUGUAUUUUGUGCAUUAGUCUCGCCUUUUACAAUAUUUAUCCCAACUGAUUGUGAGACAUUUCCCUUAUGAUGACGUAAAGACUUGACUUUGGGUUCAGCCGUCAGUAAUUUUAUCUCAUGGUACCAAGAUAUCCUCAAUGAUGACAAUGUACAGUGCUACAUUACUGACUUGUUUGUUCAUUUGUUUUGCCUUUGAGAUAUGCAGAUAAAUAUAUAUAUAUAUAUAUAUAAAUAUAUAAAUAUAUUAUGAGGUAUUUGUUCUGUCUCUGUAAAGAAAACCGAUGUAAAUAACCUGUUGAUAUUCUCCACUGCAAGGUUACAUUGUAAAUUUAUUAGUCUUUUUAACCAUUUCUAGAAAAAAACAAAAUUAAAUGAAACGUGUGGAAAUAUUUGCCUGUUGAAAAUCAUUGUAACAAACAACUGGCCAACAGAUGGGAAGUACGGAGGGUGUUGUAAGGAGGCCUAGAUGGAUCAUCUGCAAUCUAUGCAAAGCAGCACUCAGCACCCUAAAGAAGGAAUUUCCUGGAAACAGCUGACAGUACUGGUGAACCGGAGAGAAACUUGGAUUAGCACAUGUUUAUAUGAACCAGUGAAUAACGAUGGGAUUAAGACUUCCAAGUCAAAAACUGGACCAGCGUCAGACAGAAAAGGACGCUUUUCAGUGGACAGCAAAAGGACUUUCUCUGUCAACCUUGUGGUGUUGUGCAGUUGUUUUUCUUAGACUCUUGUAUACAAAACAAGUAGAGUUUUAGGCGUGAAAAAAAGGAAAAUGAACAUUCAUGGUUUAAAAUGUACGGAAUAAAGUUUGGACCUAAUGUCAAAUA